UUAUCAGUUGCAUGGGAUGUGGAUGGCAGUGCAGAUGAAACGUUUGACUUGCUGCUAGCUGGGCCUGCUGGCCGUAUCUCUAGUCAUAGUUGCAACUAGUGAAAGUAAAUAGAAAAAAAAAAACUGAAGUCAAGAACAACAGCUGAAGCAGUCAAUAUGGCUAACGUCGAGGCACGCACAGUGCUUUGGUAUAUGACUUUCAUAGGAUUUAUAGUCAACUAUAUGAUACGAAUUAAUCUGAACAUAACCAUUGUGGACAUGAUUGCGACGAAAGCAGCAGACAAUGCCACAGCGCUGCCUAAGCCGUAUACGCUGGAACGCCAGCUGCUUGACUGGGCUGAGCUUGACUAUGAGCAGAACGGCUUUAGCUGGAACCAAAAGGAGCAGAGCAAUCUGCUGGGCUCCUUUUUCUGGCUGCACUGGUGUCUGCAGCUGCCCGGCGGCAUACUGGCUCGCAAAUAUGGCACCAAGCUCAUAUUUGGCCUCUCCAAUGGCAUUGGCGUGCUCUGCUGCUUCUUCAUACCCAUUGUCUCCUAUUGGAGCUACAGCGCGCUGCUUUGGCUGCGCGUAUUUCAGGGACUAAUAACGGGUGGCGCCUGGCCUUCGAUGCAUGUGCUGACUGCCAAGUGGAUUCCACCCAAUGAGCGCAGCAAGUUUGUCAGCGCCUACUUGGGCAGCUCGGUGGGCGUGGCGCUGUUUUAUCCUAUAUUCGGCUACAUCAUAGCCUGGAGCAGCUGGGAAUGGGUUUACUAUGUGUGCGGCAUUGUCGGCACACUUUGGUACAUUGCCUGGCAGUUUCUAGUCUACAACAGUCCAGCAGAGCAUCCACGCAUAGCGCAGUAUGAGCAGCGCUAUAUAGAGAAGUCAUUAGGCGCCUCGGUGGGGAGCAGCAAGCCGGGACCUACGCCUUGGCGAGAAAUUGCUUUAUCGCGUCCUGUAUGGAUGAACGUUGUGGCACAGUGGGGCGGCAUUUGGGGCUUGUUUACAUUGAUGACACAGGCGCCAACAUACUUCCGACUUAUACAUCACUGGAACAUAAGAGCGACGGGUUUCCUUUCGGGUCUGCCACAUCUAAUGCGCAUGCUGUUCGCCUACAUCUUCUCCAUGCUGGCUGACUAUCUAUUGCGCACGGAUCGUCUGAGUCGCACCAAUGUGCGCAAGCUGGCCACCUUCAUAUGCUGCGUUGUCAAGGGUGGCGUUGUCCUUGGGCUGGCCUACUUUGGCUAUAAUGCAACGGCGGCCAUUGUGCUUGUUACAGUGGCGACAAUGUUUCAUGGCGCUGUGUCGUCAGGUCCGCUGGCUUCAAUGGUGGAUCUGUCGCCUAACUAUGCAGGCAUUGUGUUGGGCGUUGGCGGCAUGGUGGGCUGCAUGCCCGGAUUUAUAUCGCCCUACAUUGUAGGCGUGCUAACUCAGAACAAUCAAACACUCGAGGCCUGGAAGAAUGUGUUUAUAAUCUGUGCUGGCAUGUUGAUUGGCAGCGGCGUGCUCUAUGUGCUCUUCUCCGAGUCCCAGCUGCAGUCUUGGAACAGCGGUGUGCCAGCUUCAACCGCCGAUGUGGCGUUGGAGGAGAAGCAACCUCUGCAAAGCUUGCCUGAGCUGCAGUCCAGUGCGGCGCCUAAGUCCAAGUCGCAGGCGACUACGUAGCUACUUUGGUUGCCGACUGGCUGUCAGAUUUAUUGGCGUAAGUCCACAUUAGUUAUAGCCACAAUGUGUCGCCGUCGGCUGAUAAGAGCUGCCAAAGCAAAAACAAAGCUAUCAACGGCUAUUUGCACAUAGCUUUGAAUUUCCUACAUUUAUUCAUUAAUAUAUGUAUUAGCAUUUGUGAAUAAUUAAUCUUAGCUGUAUGUAACCUCAAUUAACGCUUCAUCAUCGCGGAAGCCUUCAGACUUGUUUAUGAACAUUUCAUCACAUCGUAAAAGUAAUUCGCAACAAUAAUGUACUUUUGUUUAUAUUUCGAAAUACUUUCGUUACAAUCUUUGUCUUUGUGGUGAGAAAAAAAUU